GUAUCGAGCACUCAGUAUACACCGACAAGGCAGAGUAUGUAAUUGUACGUUAAUCUUACAAUAAAAGUUUUUCUUCAAUUUUUUCUUUACUGUGUUGCACGUUCAUUACAAACAUAUAUAAUAUUUAUUUCAAUAAAUAAUUUUUAAAUAAAAUUGAGAAUUACUUUGUACAAAAUUUAUAAAUUUUUUUUUAUUAAUUCUACUAAAAUCGAGCCUAAAAAACAUCAAUGGUAAACAUGGCGCCUAACAUAAUCCGGCCUAAUCAAAUGCUGAUAUUCAGCCCUAUGUGCUACGUGGAACAUCGGCGUGAAGGAAGUUGUGGCAAUAACAGUGAUUGCAGUAGCGACAUGGAAACACCCCCUAAACCAGUUAAACGGACUUAUGUUAAAAACAUAUCUCCAGAAGAAAAAAUAUUACGCAAAAAGUUACGCAAUAGAGAAGCAGCACAAUUAUCCAGAGAUAAAAAAAAAGCUCAGUUUAAUAUACUAUCUGGUAUGGUCCAUGGGUUGAGAAAAGAGAACUUACAACUUAAAAAUGAAGUGGAAGCUUUGCGUCAUAAUCAAGAGCAAUUGAUGACAGAAAAUGAAAGACUGCGUGAACAGCUCGCUGAAUCAACAAAGUUAGAGGUGAUAGCUACAGAACCAUGUAUACCAGCAGCAAACAACAGGAUAUUGAUUGAAGGACCUGCAGUGUCCAAUAGACACCCUCUGCAGAAGGGAAAACGGAAUCAAAUAUCCUGUAUGAUGCUCUGUUAUCAGAUUCUAUACCUAUCGAUGACCAUUCCUUCCUUGAUGACCUUCAGCUACCAGAUGAUGACAGUAUGGAUUGGCUUGACAAUAAAGUUUCAGAAAGAUUGGAAAAAAUUGCAGAUGAAUUACUUGGUGAAAGUUUUCUCAAUGACACUUGUCUUGAUGAAAUGGUGGGGAGCACACCAGAAAUCAUGGAACCCAGCCAAGAUAUUGGCUUACCUGACAUAAAGUUUGAUACAACAUUGUUGCCAGAUACAAACACAGACAACAUUUUGAUUCCUAACUUAGAUUUACAAACACAAAACUCUGAAAUUUCUAUAAAAGUUGAAAAUAGUUAUGAAGAUGAAAAACACACAUUAGAACGUUUCAUAAUUGUAGAAGAAGCAAUUGAAGAAGUUACAACUUCGUAUGAUGAACAUAUUGUUGAAAUUUGUCAAGAAAAUGAUAAUGUAGAAAUGGAAAUGUAUGAAGAUUGUGGAUAUGAA